UCCAACACCUUCGUGGAGGUUCUUCGUUCGUGGCAUUUCAUAUCGCGGCACGUCCGUUUCGCUCGCUAUUAUUUGGAGGCGUCGUUGCCACUCCGCGUUGGUGCUCCGGGCUCGAUUAUUCGGUCAGGUCCGAGGUGGAGGCGCUGCGUGCAGUCAGUCGGCCGCGCAGCUUGGUGCGCGACGUUCGUCAGCGGAGCCCUCCGCUCGCAUCCCUCCUGUCCCGGGCCUGCGUUACCGCGAGUGCGAGAGAGACAGUAGGCUGUUGAGAGAGCGAGAGACGCGAGACAGAGACAGCGCUAUGGCAGUGUCGCAACCUCGCCCACCUGACCGUGUUGACGCCGCGCUCGAAAAAGUUGCGCCGUUGCGCUAUUUGGAGGCGCACGAAUAUGCUCGCGAGCGUAUCGUGACGCGUUAUUAUCGGCACCACUUGCUUUACAACAGUUUUUUAAGUUACAAAAGGAUAUUUCGACACAAGAUUGAAGAAUUGACGUAAUCUCGCUCAGGAUUGAUCGGUGAUCGUGUGAUGGCUCUCUGAUCCACCAUGAUGAAGCGAACAGGCGUCCCCCGGCUGGCCCCGGAUGAGCCUGCCCCGCUGCCUCAGUCACCCGCUCAGAUGCAGCAAGCUGGUGCAAGCAAUAUGCACACUCUGGCCCAAUCGGCCCAACCACAAAUACUAGGUCCCGCGGCCAUGCUGUCCGUGGGUGGGUAUGGGCGCGGCGCGCGGCCCGCCGGCCCGGCGCCGCCCGUCAUCAACUACAUGAAGGCCGGCGUGCAGUACCCCAAGCAGCCGCCCCAGCCCCAACAGCCACCCUUACGGCACAAGCUGGUCCCUCCGCCUGCGCCCGCGGCGCCGCCCGGGCAGCCGCUGCCGCUGGCGGGCGCGGGCCGGCAGUCGCCGCCGGCCGCGCUGCCCGCCGCCGCGCAGCCGCCGCCCGGCGCGCAGUUCCAGCGCCUCAAGGUCGAGGACGCGCUGUCCUACCUCGACCUCGUCAAGUACAAGUUCAACACGCAGCCGCAGGUCUACAACGACUUCCUGGAUAUUAUGAAGGAGUUUAAGAGUCAGACAAUUGACACGCCCGGCGUCAUCACGCGGGUCUCGAACCUGUUCAAGGGGCACCCGGAGCUCAUUGUCGGGUUCAACACCUUCCUGCCCCCCGGAUACAAGAUCGAGGUGCAGAGUAACGGACAGGUGUCAGUGUCGAUGCCGUCGCCGACGGGGCUGGGCGGCGGCGUGCUGCUGGGCGUGGGCGCGGUGGGCGGCGUGGGCCCGCAGCCCGCGCACCACCCGCCCGCCCAGCUCGUGCAUCUGCUGCCCGUCGCGCAGUCAGUGAGCAACGCCAUAGUCCACAAUCUGUCCGUGAGCGCGACGCCGGCGAACACACUGCACCAUAUAUCGCAGGCUCACCAGCAGAUCGAGGCGGCCAUACAUCAUGCACCUGGCACGGUGGCGCCGCCCGCCGGCUCGGGCCCGCACGCCGCGCCCGCGCCGCCCGGGCAGCCCGUCGAGUUCAACCACGCCAUCGAAUACGUCAACAAGAUCAAGUCGCGGUUCUCCCGUCAACCGGACAAGUAUAAGCGUUUUCUGGAGAUCCUACACGCGUAUCAGAGAGGCCAUAGAGAUGUGAAGGAGCCUCAGGCAAAACAGCAGACGGAGCAGGAGGUGUACUCGCAGGUGGCGAAGCUGUUCGAGAACCAGGACGACCUGCUGGCGGAGUUCGGGCAGUUCCUGCCGGACGCUAAGGCGGUGACCAAGCCGCACUACCCGCCGCACCCGCGCACGCCUCCGCUUAUGACGCCCCAGCCGCGGCCGGAGCCGGAGCCCGAGCGCUUCCCGCCCGCGCCGGCGCCGUCGCCGCCGCACGCCGCGCCGCCGCAGCUCCUGCUGCCGCAGCAGGUGCCCAAACACACCAGCACCGUGUCCAGCAGUGCUCCGCCUCCGCAGCAUUUGAAGCGAUCGCCCAGCUUCACGUCCUCUACUCAGAUGCCUGUAGGCCUCCCGCCGCCCAAGAAGUCCCGCCUGUCCUCUCUGACCGGCGGCAUGGUGCGCGACGUGUCGUACGCCGAGGCGGCCAAGUACGGCACUCAGCAGGAAUACAACUUCUUCGAUAGAGCUCGUCGGGCCCUCAGGUCGCAGGAGGUCUACGACAACUUCCUCAGAUGCCUGCUGCUGUUCACGAACGAGAUCAUCUCGUCGUCGGAGCUGGUGUCGGUGACGUCGCCGUUCCUGUGCCGCCACCCCGAGCUGCACAAGUGGCUGACGGACUUCGUGGGGCCCGUGUCGCCGCCCUCCACCCCCACCCAGCCCAGCUCUGGGUUCAACAACAGCUACGGCAUGUCGAGCAACAGCCUGCUGGGCUACGAGCGGGAGCGGGAGCGCGAGCGGGAGCGGGAGCGGCUCGACCGCGAGCGCUCCGUGGACAACAAGCCGUCCGUGCGCUACGAGCCCAUCGGCCCGCUCGGCGCGCAGCUGCGCCACGACAGGCCGCAGGGCGAUGCUGCGCUUGACAUCGACCUGUCGACGUGCAAGCGGCUGGGCACGUCGUACUGCGCGCUGCCGCGCGAGGCGGCCGCGCGCCGCUGCUCGGGCCGCACGCCGCUCUGCAAGGAGGUCCUGAACGAUACUUGGGUGUCCUUCCCUACGUGGAGCGAGGACUCUACGUUCGUGACGUCACGAAAAACGCAAUAUGAAGAGUAUAUCUAUCGGUGCGAAGAUGAGAGAUUUGAGCUGGACGUGGUGAUAGAAACCAACGCGGCCACCAUCCGCGUGCUGGAGGGCGUGCAGAAGAAGCUGGCGCGCAUGGCGGCCGACGACGCGGCCAAGUACCGGCUGGACGAGGGCCUGGGCGGCCACUCCGCCACCAUCCACCAGCGCGCGCUGCGCCGCAUCUACGGCGAGAAGGUGGCGGUGGACAUAAUAGCGGGCUUGAAGAAGAACCCCGUGGUGGCCGUGCCCGUCGUGCUGCGCCGGCUCAAGGCCAAGGAGGAGGAGUGGAGGGAGGCGCAGAAGGGUUUCAACAAGCAAUGGCGCGAGCAAAACGAGAAGUACUACCUGAAGUCCCUCGACCACCAGGGCAUCAACUUCAAGCAGAACGACCUGAAGGCCAUGCGCUCCAAGUCGCUCUACAACGAGGUGGAGAGCGCAUACGCGGCGCGGAAACCCGGCCCGCAUCUAGUUGUGGACUAUCAUAUGAAAAAUCGUCAGGAAGCCAUCAAAGUGGUCCGUGACGCGGCCGAGCUCCUGAUCCACCACGCGCGGCGUCAGACCGGCAUCCAGAAGGCGGAGAAGCGCCGCAUCAAGCAGCUGCUGCGCCACUUCCUGCCCGACCUGUUCGCGCACCCCCGCCAGCCGCUCUCCGACGACGAGAGAGAUGAAGAAGAGAAAGAGGAGCCUUCGAGCCCGGCCGGGAGCCCGACGGCUGACACUGCGGCUGAAGACAAAGCCGUCAAACAAGAGAAACAAGAGUCGUCAGAAUCCGACAACGCGUCCGACAAGUCGUCCCGCCACCACAAGAACGACAAGGAGAACAAACCCAAGAACAACAACCACGAGCCGCGCAGCGACAAGCUCGAGGUCAAGGACGAGGACGACUUCAGAGACCAUCCGCCCAACGAGGCCCGCUUCGUGUGCACGAUGUCGUGGUACAUCUUCCUGCGGCUGCACGGCAUCCUGUGCCAGCGGCUGGGCGCGCUGCGCCGCGGGGCGCUGCAGAUGGCCGAGCGGGAGGCCCGCGAGCGCGCGCAGAGGCGGCCCAGUGUUGCUGCUGCUCUCCGGCUCAAGCCCAACAAUCUUCCAGCGGACGCGUCAUCCCCCGCAGACUACUACCCGGCUCUGUUAGAGCUGGUCCGCGGUGUCCUCGACGGUAAUACUGAGGCGACGGCGUACGAAGACGCCGCCCGCGAGAUGUUCGGCAUACACGCCUACCCCGCCUACACGCUCGACAAGCUGGUGUGGAACGCCGUGCGACAGUUACAACGCUGCGUAUCGGAGCCGUGGUCGCUGCGCGCGGCGGAGCUGGCGGCGCGCGGCGGCAUGCGCGGCGCGCUGUCCUACGUGAGGAGGGCGCAGCGCUUCCUGCACAAGGACCACACUGCCUUCCUCAUCAAGCUGUACGGUGGUGACGAGUGCCGCGUGUCCUUCGAAUUACUAGAGAGCGGCGGAGAGGGCCGCGCUUCCCCGCACAACGACGCUUCACGGUUAUCACCUACCAAUCAGUCGCGGCCGUCGGCGCCGAACGGCGAGUCAGUGUCUCGCCUGGCGGCGUGGUCGCUGUACACGGAGCGCUACGCGCGGCCCGACCUCGGGCGCGCCGCCGCCGCCGCCGCCGCCCGCAACAAGCCCGUGUUCCUGGCGCGCAACGCGGCGCGCUGCGGCGGCUCCGCGCCCGCGCCCGGACACAACGUGGCGCCCGGCGACUCGGCCGCCGCCGCCGCCGUGCGCGGCAAGAGGAAGCCGCACCGGAUCAUCGACAGGAGCGAGUGCACGCUCAGCAGCGGGAUCAGGCUGGUGGCGUCGCGGCCGCACCAGCUGUACCGCGCGGGCGCGCUGGGCGCCGCGCGCGCCAGCCACGCGCGCCUGCACGCCGCGCGCCGCGCCAAGUUCAAGGCCUGGCUGCAGGCGCACGCCUACCGAUGAUCGCACGCCGUCUGAACCUGCCCCUGUGUCCCACGCCACACCACCACCGCCACUGUGCAACUACUAUGUACAGUCAGCAUCAAAAGUAGCGGAUCAAACAACGCUUCAUAAGUAUCUAACAUUCUGUAACAACUGGGACUGUAAAAGAUAACGUGAAUUUUAGAAAUUUAUCUAUAUUUGGAAAAGUUAUCAGGGAUGUCAGAUACUUUUGGUGCGUUGUUACAUCCGCUACUUUUGAUGCUGACCCUACGAUUGACGACCAAAACUUACUGUGUUUCAAGUAUGCUCUCAAAUUUAAUAUUGUAUGGCAUACCGAAUGAGAAACCAUAUUGUCGCUUGCCAUAGGGACGAUUUGACAGAUUAUUCGUGUAAGGAUACGAGCAAAUUUCAACCUUAUGGUAAGCGAUGUGGUACUUACUAGUUUUGUUUCAAAACGUCACAUAUUUCUUGUUAGAGAUGAAGCCGAGUGAAAAACGUGCUUUUUUAUAGCGUAUGACGUGCAAAAGCACUAGUUUUUUGGUUUAAAACAAUACGUACGCGUUAUAAGAAAAUUUGAUCUUUAUAACAAUUCAGUAUUAAAAUAAAAUUAUUGUCAAAAAUAACAGUGAGUUUUUGUUGCCAAUUUACAAAAUGAACCCUUGUAGAAUACGAAUAACUUCAUAUAAAUAAUUUUUUCAAUAUAUACUUUGAUGAAUAAAAAUCCUAAUAGAUGUUUUACAAACUAGUUGCCGAGGCGAAUUCUGUAUUAUAUCUGAGAUUUCUAUCUCUCCACAACCAAUUAAAAUUCUGAUUUAAAUUUCUAUGUCUAUUGAAGGGUAUUGUUUGUUCAAAACUCAUUAAUUUUAAGACAGAGUGAGAAUAUUGUUUUUGUAAAUGUGCAGAUAAUUAAAUUGAUUCUUGCCUAGCAAGAAGAUUAAUAAUAAGAGAGUCUCGCUUAUUCGCGAUACUUUGAUCUACUUAUUGUGAUUUCGAUGUGAUAAAGCACUUUUUAAAUAAUAUUAUCCGAAUACGCGGGACUUAACUAAGCGCUUUGGAAAUGUUUAUUUAUUUGAAUCCUUCAAUUUACUUUUUGUAUGCAAUUUCUCUUAUUAUUUUAUAUUUCUCAAUGUCAAAUGUUAGAUUCAGCAGCGCCUGUCACAAAUGUAUAUAAAUUGUAAUAUAUCUAUCUACUAUCAGUUCUUAAAGGUCAAUUAUGUAUGUAUAUGGCUAUUGCCUCCAGCAUGAUAUCGAAAGCACAAGUCACUGAAAACAGAACCUUACGCCUAUAUAAAUAAGUCCGCUGUUAAUACCAGUUCAGACGGGACAAUUUUCGUCCAAUCUGAUUAAAUUGCCUGAUUAAAUCAGGUGGUGUGGACGCAAGAAUGACAUUGACUCGCCUUUCUCAAAUUUUAAGAUUUUGACCGAUCAAAUAGAGAUGAGGUCGAAAGAAUGACAAUUUUCGACGCAAGUAUGCGGGUUUGGGUGCAUUUUUUUGAUUAAAAAAAAAUCUAAAAUUGGUGAUUAAACUGUGUACGUGUGGACGCAUGUUGAGAUUGACGCCAAUUUUUGUCCUGAUCAAAUCGGCCGUUUUGAUCAUCCCGUCUGGACUGGCCUAUAAACAAGAAAUCUCUAAGUCCUGGAGCUUCACUGAAGUUUAACGUCCAGAUAAUUUUAUAAGUCUUCACAAACGAUAUUCUCGCUCUUAAAAUUAAAUUACUGGUUUAAAAGUCGGUCCAAAUAGGGCACAGGGUAUCUUAAAACGUACAUGCGUCAAAUUAAUUCAAUUUUGGGCCGGUUUUAGCCAAUGCAUUUGUUAAGGGGUAAUCUCAUUUUUACUAUUUUUUUGCUGAUCCACGUUUUAGUGGUGAGGCGUAGUGUAAGAUGGCGGGGACCGGAAGUGUGACGUCAUUUCCGCUUGUCGCCAGAUCUCUAUAAAGUACAGUGUGUCUAUGUAAAUAGCAGAGUGACCGUUAGUGUUGUUGAAGAACCAAUCUUGUUAAUUUGUGAAGAAAAAAUGACUUGUCAAGAGAAAUAAAUAUUAUUAUAUUUAUAAUA